AUGAAUCCAUGGGCGAGUCCGUGGGAGGCGGACGCGGACGAUGCGGCGCCUGUGCCGCUGCCGCGCUCCGACUCACCACCGUUGGAGGUGGGUGCGCUGCCGAGCCUUGAUGUGGAUCCAUGGAGUGGGCAGCCGAUCGUGCCCGCUCCGCCUACGUCGGAUGAUGCGAAUCUCGCGUCACUGACCUCGGCAUCGAUGAUGAUCGACGAGAAUGUAUGGAAUGAGUCGACAGAGACGGGUGCUCGGGAAGAUGCGAAAGAGGCAGUAACUGAGCGCGUCGAUGAGGCCUCAGAAGAUGUGGCAGAGGAGCCCCCUUCAGCACCCACGCCGACCCGUGCCGAAGAGCCUUCAGAGGAUGUGGCGGAGGAGUCCCCUUCAGCACCCACGCCGACCCGUGCCAAAGAGCCUUCCAAACAUGUUUCCGAGUCUGUCGAUGAGCGGCCGUCUGAGCGGGAAGCAGCUCAGGAACACACGAAUACCCCGAGCGAACCGGCGCCCAGCAGCGUGCGCUCAGCGUUCUCGCGACUUGGCACACGCGUAGCAGAAUGGCGCCAAGCGCGAGCGGCAGCCCAGGAGGAAGCUAGGAAGCAGGCAGAGGCCGAGCAGUCCAAAGGAUGGCGACGUGUCGCGCCUGCCUCUACGAGUACCAGCAGCAAACUAGGCAGCUGGCUCAAGCGCGCACCGCCGCCUCCGAAGGACACUUCGCUCAAGCCGCCGAGUAGCAGCACUACGCUGAAUGCGGAUGAUCUGGCAUGGCUCGAUGCCGCUACGUCGAAGAAGGAGGCGGCGGCUUCCCCGGCCUCCGACACGGCGCCUGCUGCCCACCAAGACACGGGAGGGCGCCUAGUACCCGGACUCGGGCCGAUGACUUUAUCUGCUCGCGCGUACAAUCCUUUGGACCAUGAUGACGAACACGAAGAUGAUGACGAGUUUGGCGAGAUCCAGACGUAUACCGAUGGCCCGGCACCCCUGUACGACGCCCCUAUCUCUACUCGACCUGCCCCGUACGUCGAUCGCGGAGAAGGCGAGCAGUUCGGUGCGAGCGCACCGCACACGGAGCCGGCGUAUCGAGACACGCCCGAGAAUACGCCGCUGGUGCCGUGGCCGCCGUCACCGCCGUCGCACCCGCCGGCAGCGCGUGAGCCUAGAUCCUCGCCCCCUCGGAAAGGAGGCCUCUCGAGAGCCGAUCUCGACUUUUUUGAGAAUCUGUAG